CACAGCGGGGACUCCUCUCAAACACAUAAAAUUUAAUAGUCAGGGGCUCAGCAGUCUUUAUGUGCCAGAUAGCCACAGAGAGAGUCAUUCUAAGUCCCUUAUGGACUACCGACUGGGUGUGCAGUCUUGUGCCAAGUUCCCUGAAAACCAACAUGAAGACAACUUCUUCGCUCAUGGGUGGUUGGUCAUCUCUUGGAUUGAAGGAGAGAACACAGAAUACUUCCAGACUGAUGGAAGGUGGACAGCUUUGACCCCUUCUGCACAAGCUUCUCAGCGUGGAGAGUCUCUGAUCUGAGUCCUUCAGCGGAUGGAGUCUGAUGGUUGAAGAGGUCAUCUUUGGACGGGUCUGAUCUGGGUCUUUUUCCCCUUGGCACAGAAAUGGUGGUUGUCACUUCUUCCCUGGCAGACAUGCAGCUGGGCUUUAUCACCCCGGCAUUCCCAUCCUCUUCAGAGGCCCGUGUCACUCCAGACUAGGGAGUGUGGGCCUUUAUCUGGGCUCUGUUUCCUCCCUGGGGAUAGCAGGUCCCAAGCAAGAGAACGUGGUAAGCUCUCGCCAUGGCUGGCAUAUUCCUCCUCCUUCUGUGCCUCCGUGGGCUCCCCCGGGCUGCUGCAGCCGACAUCCACACCAUCUAUGUGGCCUUGGGGGAAGCAGUGGAGCUGCCAUGUCCUUCACCACCCACCCUGCAUGGGGACGAAUUCCUGUCCUGGUUCCGCAGCCUUGCAACAGGCUCCUCCACUGCCUUGGUGGCCCGAGUCCAAGUGGCCAGUCCAGCCCCAGACUCUGGGAAGCCCCACAGGGAAUCCAGGCUCAAACUGCUGAGAAACCACUCUUUGUGGCUGGAAGGGUCCAAGGAGGGAGACGCCGGGCAGUACUGGUGCGCUAUGGAGGGUCAGCACCACACGUACCAUAACUGGAGGGUCUAUGAUGUCUCCGUGUUCAGAGGAUCCCAGUACUCCGCGAGGGCCGCAGACGGAUCCCCCUGCUCUGUCCUCCUGUGCUCUGUGGUCCCCGCCAGACGCCUGGACUCUGUGACCUGGCUGGAGGGGAAGAGUUCCGUGAAGGGCCACUCGAAGUCCUUCUGGGGUGAUGGGGCCGCCCUGCUCUUGGUGUGUCCCGGGGAUGGACUACCCGAGCCCAGGGCACGGAGACCCAGAAUCAUUCGCUGCCUCUUGCCUCAGAACAAAGGGGUCAGCUUUAGCCUGGCAGCCGCCACGGAUGCCUCCCCUGCCCCCUGUGCCUCUUCUGCAGGCUGGGAUGUGCCCUGGAUCCUGAUGCUCCUGCUCACAGUGGGCCAGGGGCUCACCAUCCUGGUCCUCAGCAUCAUGCUCUGGAGGUGGAGGGUCCAGGGGGCUCGGCGCAGAGGCUUCUUCUCCCCAGAUGCUUCAAUUCCUCAGUUCAAACCAGAGAUCCAGGUCUACGAGAACAUCCAUUUGGCCCAUCUCAGCCCACCUGCCCCUAAGACCAGGUGAUCUCGAUGAUACCUGCUGGGAAGUGUGACCUGCUGUCUCCCUGGCCAUCUGGCACCUGAAGGAGUCACUGAAAAACCUUGGCAAUGGGGGAGGGGCUCGGUCCCACUGGCUUCCAUCAGCCAAGCUCUGGUGUGUGUGUGUGUGUGUGUGUGUGUGUGUGUGUGUGUGUGUGUUUUAAAGGCCCAAGGGCUGAAGGACAGGAGAAGCAUUAUUUGGUGAUGUCACCUAUGAAAAGGUGUGAUUUCCUGUCUCACAGCAGUGAGUGGAGGGAUGGCCUGAACCUGCAGGACCAUGGGGUUGAGGGGGUGGGGAUGAGGCAGAAAAGAGACAGAAGGAUCCAGAGACUUGAGGAGUGGCCAGUUAUGGGGGGAACCAAAGGACAAAUGGGGGAAGCUGAAGAAGAGAAGGACAAGGACAAAUGGACAAAUGGGGGAAGAGGCCCCGGGUGGGAGGGGGAGGAUGGAGGGCCAGGGAGACUAGAAGGCAGACUCGACAUGCCUCUAAACUAAGCCAGAUCCCUGCCUUUCUCAUCCUCACAAGGAAGAGAAGACACUGACAAGAAUAAGCACCUUUGAUUAGGCCCCAAGCUUCCUCAGAUGCAGGGGGAAGUUCCUGGGUCAGGAUGAGGGCACCUGUUCCGGCCCCCAGCCCCAGGCCCCCCUCCUUAUCCUAGGCACUCCAUUGUGGCAUCCAGAGCAGGGAGCCCCUUAUCACCCCAACAUCCUGAGAGCCCCACCAGUCACACGCUCGCUAUCCCCCUGGGCAGAGGGAGUGUCCACAGCAGUGGGCGGGUGGAUUCCCUGGUGGGGCGUGUAAUUGAGCCCUGAGUGCUGGACUGUCCGUGAACCCUGGACAAGUCUGGGCUGGUGAAGCAGGGGACAAGUCCAUGCUCCCAGCUCUGGUCUCAGGCAGAAAUAAGCUGGCCUCCAGCCACACCCUCAUCACUGCACCAGAGGCCCUUUUGUGUAUCUACUCAAGCUUGGGCUUCACUGGGGCAAAGCUUUCUUGGAAGUCACACCUUAAGCCCUCAUGCUGCAGUGGCUUAAGCUAAGCUAUUGUCAAGAAAGAGGACGCCAACGACAGAAGGAGGACAAAGCGAAAGUUGUGGUUCAGGUGCCAACACCCAGCCCAACACACCAAGCAGCU